GAGGUAUUUUUUUGCCCCCCACCUCCCAACCCACCCAUUUACCAUCAAACUGUCAACCUGUAUGACAUCCUGACAACAUUUCUAAGAGCCUGAGGAGCAACGAGUCAUGAUGUGCGAAUCCAGGGUGUCCUCCGUCAUCCAGGAAUGGAUGAAUCCAUACCCGAAUCAGACCCACGUGACUCUGAACCCGACCACUUCGAGUCCUGCCGUCUCAAACAACUUGGCUUCAAUGGACAUGUUGUCAUACAGCCAGUCUCAGGGUUUGAGGGGGAGCAGCGAGGACAGAAUAGACGAGCAGAUGAUGGGCCUGUCGUACCUGCCGUACACAUCUUCUUGUCUCAAUAGCACCACAAAUUCCGGGAACCACCAUCAGAACCCCGGAGGACAUAUGCAGGAGUUCUCACCUCCUUUUAUCUUGCCGACCAUGCGCGGACCGGUGGCGAAGCGGAGCAUCAGCAAGGACAGCGCAGAAUACCGGCUGAGACGAGAAAGGAACAACAUCGCGGUACGAAAGAGUCGCGACAAGGCCCGCAGAAGGAUCCUGAUGACUCAGCAGAGGGCCCUGCAGCUGCAGGAGGAGAACCAGAAGCUGCAGAUGAAGAUCGGGCAGCUCUCACAGGAGCUGGACACUCUCAGACAUAUCCUGUCUCAGCAGCACCUGCCGGGAAGUGAAGAGGGGACCGCAGCGGUUGCUGCUAUCUGAGCAAAGCCUUACAGAACUAUCAGUCAGUAAUAUUGUUGAACUCCUCAGUGUCCAACAAUAUCUAUAAAACGAUAGCAGCACAAACGAAAAUGUUCACAGCACAAAUGAGCACAAACGUAGCAUAAAUGAUUGACACAAUUUUUAGCCGUUUUAAAUCAAAAUGCGGGUCUGGUUGACCUAUAAAAGAAUUGUUAAUAACUCAAAAACAAUAACAGCACAAACGAGCAAAAACCUAGCACAAAUGAAUGACAUCAUUUUUCUAUUUCAUCUUCACAGAGGCAUGUCAAACACUUUAAUUAGACCACCUGUCAUAAAAGUAUUAUGUUUUAGUUUUGUGUCAUCAUAAAUAACAUCCACAAUCCACAUACUGUUGUAUUAACCAUUCCAGAAACAAGAAAAUUGGUACUGCUAAUUAUAGCUACCCUGCUGGCCAAAAGUAUUGGCACCCCUGCAAUUCUGUCAGAUAAUGCUCAAUGUCUUCCAGAAAAUGAUUGCAAUUACAAAUGCUUUGGUAGUAAUAUCUUCAUUUAUUUUGCUUGCGAUGAAAAAACGCAAAAGACAAUGAAAAAAAAAAAAAAAAAAUCAUUUUACACAAAACUCCAGUAUUGGCACCUUCAGCCCAAUACUUGGUAGCACAACCUUUAGACAAAAUAACUGCAAACAACCGCUUCUGGUAUCCAUCAAUGAGUUUCUUACAAUGGAAUUUUAGACCAUUCUUCUUUGGCCAACUGCUCCAGGUCUCUGAGAUUUGAACGGUGCCUUCUCCAUACUGCCAUUUUCAGAUCUCUCCACAGGAUUCAGGACUCUGGACUCAUUGUUGGCCACUUUAGAAGUCUCUUGUGCUUUCUCUUAAACCAUUUUCUAGUGCUUUUUGAAGUGUGUUUCGGGUCAUUGUCCUGAUGGAACACCCAUGACCUCUGACCCUCAUAAGACAGCUUUCUCACACUGGGCCCUAGAUUUUGCUGCAAAAUUUGUUGGUAGUCUUCAGUCUUCUUUAUGUCUCUGGGUCAGACGUUCCUGGGUAUCCUACCAUAGAGUCCCUUUUCAUUCAGACGCCGACGGAUAGUACGGGUUGACACUGUUGUACCCUCGGACUGCAAGACAGCUUGAACUUGUUUGGAUGUUAGUGGAGGUUCUUUAUCCACCAUCCGCACAAUCUUUUGUUGAAAUCUCUCAUGAAUUUUUCUUUUCCGUCCACAUCUAGGGAGGUUAGCCACAGUGCCAUGGACUUUAAACUUAUUGAUGACACUUCGCACAGUAGACAAAGGAACAUUCAGGUCUUUGGAGAUGGACCUGUAGCCUUGAGAUUGUCCAUGCUUCCUCAUAAUUUUGCUUCUCAAGUCCUUAGACAGUUCUUUGGUCUUCUUUCUUUUCUCCAUGCUCAAUGUAGUAAACACAAAGACAAAUGUUGAGUCAACUUUAAUCCAUUUUAACUGGCUGCAAGUGUGAUUUAGUUAUUGCCACCACCUGUUAUGUGCCACAGGUAAGUAACAGGUGCUGUUAAUUACACAAAUUAGGGAAGCUUCACAUGAUUUUUCAAAGGGUGCCAAUACUUUUGUCUGGCCCAUUUUUGGAGUUUUGUGGAAAAUGAUCAUUAUUUAAAAUUUUUUUCAUUCUCUUUUGUGUUUUUCACUGCAAGCAAAUUAAAUGAAGAUAUUACUACCACAGCAUUUAUAAUUGCAAUCAUUUUCCCGGAGAAAUUGAGCAUUAUCCGACCGAAUUGCAGGGGUGCCAAUACUUUUGGCCAGCACUGUCGUGCACACACUUGAUCACGCAAAUUACAAAUAUCCAGUUUUAUGGUGCCAAUGUCAAAAUAAAACUUGUGAUUAUGUAUGAAUGAGUAUGAAUGAGCAACAACAUGCCUGUCAGGCAGAACAACCCCGCUGGCAGUAAUGCAAAAGCUACCAUUUGACACCCCUGGUCUAAUGUGUUAAGCACUCUACGUUGUGCACAGUCCAAGGAGAAUCACUACAAAAAACAUACAAAGGUACUAAUGGUCAGUUUCAUGUGCAUUGGAAAAAAAACAUGGAUAUCUCACAUCAUACUGAGAGGGUUUCUGAUAUGUUAAUGCCCUUCUUUGUUGAUGAGAGGGCUCAAAUACAACAAUCAUCUCCAUAUAUGAUGCAGUGCAGUUCCAUUGUUAUGUCAAAUCAGAGCCUGAUCUUACCUUAUACAGUAGUUAGGAUGAGGGGUAAAGAAAAGGAAUGGAUGGAAAUUAAAUGUUGCAUGUGUACCUGGUGUUUUGUUCAGCUUGAUUCUUGUACAGAACAUAACAUGUUAUUGCCAUUUGUUGUUUUGGCAUUACUGUCAUGAAUAAAGCAACCGAUUUUAUGCCAAAAUGUGCCUC